AUGAGCCGAGGGGUUCCUUUAAAGGCUUCCGCCCCGCCCCUGCUGCCGGCUCGGGCUUUCGAUUGGUGCAUCAGCUCGGGGGCGGAGCUAGGGGCGGAGCCUCCGCCGGGCCGGCCCCCGCCCCCUUUGUUCGUGCGGCGGCGGGAGGCGCUGCGGCGCUGGAGGUGCGCGCGCGGGAGCCGCGUCGUGGGGAGCGGGUCGCGCCCGGGCUGUCAGCUGGCUCCGCGCCGCCGCCCGAUGGCUCGAGGGGGCGCGCGGGCCCGGCCCCGGGGGCGCCCGCGAGCAUGUCACCUCCAGCCGCCGCAGCCGCCGUCCGCAGCGCCCGCGCCCUCGCCUCUAGCAGCCGCAGCCGCAGCCGCCGCCCGGGGCAUUGGCCCCCAAGCCCCCGCCCCUGAUCGACGCGGGACCCGGCGCCGAAGCACCAUGGCGGGCCAGGGGGACUGCUGCGUCAAGGUGGCCGUCAGGAUCCGGCCCCAGCUGUCAAAAGAGAAGAUUGAGGGCUGCCACAUCUGCACCUCGGUCACCCCGGGGGAGCCGCAGGUCCUCCUGGGGAAGGACAAGGCCUUCACCUAUGACUUUGUGUUCGACCUGGACACCUGGCAGGAGCAGGUUUAUUCUACCUGCGUGAGCAGGCUCGUGGAGGGCUGCUUCGAGGGCUACAAUGCCACGGUGCUGGCCUACGGGCAGACGGGGGCUGGGAAGACGUACACUAUGGGCACCGGUUUCGACGUGGCGAUGGCGGAGGAGGAGCAGGGCAUCAUCCCGAGGGCCAUCGCGCACCUCUUCGGGGGCAUCGCUGAGCGCAAGCGGCGGGCACAGGAGCAGGGUGUGGCUGGGCCCGAGUUCAAAGUCAGCGCCCAGUUCCUGGAGCUCUACAACGAGGAGAUCCUCGACCUCUUCGACAGCGCCCGCGACCCUGACGCCCGCCACCGCAGGUCCAACAUCAAGAUCCACGAGGACGCCAACGGCGGCAUCUACACCACGGGCGUCACCUCCCGCCUCGUCAGCUCCCAGGAGGAGCUGAUCCAGUGCCUGAAGCAGGGCGCCCUGUCGCGCACCACGGCCAGCACCCAGAUGAACGUGCAGAGCUCCCGCUCCCACGCCAUCUUCACCAUCCAUGUGUGCCAGAUGCGCCUGUGCACCCGGCCCGACCUGGUGAACGAGGCCGUGACCGGGCUUCCCGACGGCACCGCUCCCUCGGGCGAGUAUGAGACGCUCACCGCCAAGUUUCACUUUGUGGACCUGGCCGGCUCAGAGCGGCUGAAGCGGACGGGGGCCACAGGCGAGCGGGCCAAGGAGGGCAUCUCCAUCAACUGUGGCCUGCUGGCCUUGGGAAACGUGAUCAGCGCCUUGGGGGACCAGAGCAAGAAAGUGGUGCACGUGCCCUACAGGGACUCCAAGCUCACCCGGCUCCUCCAGGACUCGCUGGGCGGCAACAGCCAGACCAUCAUGAUCGCCUGCGUGAGCCCCUCUGACCGGGACUUCAUGGAGACGCUCAACACGCUCAAAUACGCCAACCGAGCCCGUAACAUCAAGAACAAGGUGGUGGUGAACCAGGACAAGGCCAGCCAGCAGCUCAGCGCGCUGCGGGCCGAGAUCGCGCGCCUGCAGAUGGAGCUGAUGGAGUACAAGGCGGGCAAGAGGGUGAUCGGGGAGGAUGGCGCCGAAGGCUACAGUGACCUGUUCCGGGAGAACGCGAUGCUGCAGAAGGAGAACGGGGUGCUGCGCUUGCGGGUCAAGGCCAUGCAGGAGGCCAUCGACGCCAUCAACAGCCGUGUCACACAGCUCAUGAGCCAGGAGGCCAACCUGCUCCUGGCCAAGGCCGGAGACGGCAGCGAGGCCAUCGGCGCUCUGAUCCAGAACUACAUCCGGGAGAUUGAGGACCUGCGGACCAAGCUCCUGGAGAGCGAGGCCAUGAACGAGUCCCUGCGUCGCAGCCUCUCUCGGGCCUCGACCCGGGGUCCCUGCUCCCUGGGCGCGUCCCCGGUCGUCCCGACCGGCUCCAUGGAGGACGCCGCUGAGGUCAUCCGCCGAGCCAAGCAGGACCUGGAGAGGCUCAAGAAGAAGGAAGUCAGGCAGCGGAGAAAGAGCCCAGAGAAGGAAGCCUUCAAAAAGAGGGCAAAACUCCAACAGGAGAACAGCGAGGAGACCGAUGACAAUGAGGCCGAGGAGGAGGACGAGGAGCCAGAGGAGAGCGGCCGUGAGGACGAGGACUCGGGCAGCGAGGAGAGCCUGGUGGACUCGGACUCCGACCCCGAGGACAAGGAGGUGAACUACCAGGCUGACCUGGCCGACCUGACGUGCGAGAUCGAAAUCAAGCAGAAGUUGAUUGACGAGCUGGAGAACAGCCAGCGGCGGCUCCAGACGCUCAAGCACCAGUACGAGGAGAAGCUGAUCCUGUUGCAGAACAAGAUCCGGGACACGCAGCUGGAGCGGGACCGCGUGCUGCAGAACCUCAGUACCAUGGAGUGCUACACGGAGGAGAAAGCCAACAAGAUCAAGGCGGACUAUGAGAAGAGGCUGCGGGAGAUGAACCGGGACCUGCAGAAGCUGCAGGCCGCGCAGAAGGAGCACGCGCGGCUGCUCAAGAGCCAGUCUCGCCACGAGAGGGAGCUCAGGAAGCUGCAGGCUGAGGUGGCCGAGAUGAAGAAGGCCAAGGUGGCCCUGAUGAAGCAGAUGCGGGAAGAGCAGCACCGGCGGCGGCUGGCGGAGACCAAGAGGAACCGGGAGAUCGCACAGCUCAAGAAGGAGCAGCGGCGGCAGGAGUUUCAGAUCCGAGCUCUGGAGUCCCAGAAGCGGCAGCAAGAAAUGGUCCUGAGGAGGAAAACCCAGGAGGUUUCUGCGCUGAGGCGUCUGGCCAAGCCCAUGUCCGAGCGUGUGGCGGGCCGAGUGGGACCAAAGCCACCCAUGCUGGACUCGGGCGCCGAGGUGUCGGCCAGCACCACCUCGUCCGAGGCCGAAUCGGGGGCGCGCUCCGUCUCCAGCAUCGUGCGCCAGUGGGACCACAAGAUCAGCCACUUCUUGGAGAACCACCCCAUGCCCACCGUGUCUGGCGCCCGCCCUGCCAGAAAGAAGUUCCAGAAGAAGGGGGCCAGCCAGAGCUUCAGUAAGGCCGCCAGGCUCAAGUGGCAGUCGCUGGAGCGGAGGAUUGUCGACAUCGUCAUGCAGAGGAUGGCCAUCGCCAACCUGGAGGCUGACAUGGAGCGGCUCAUCAAGAAAAGGGAGGAGCUGUCCCUCCUGCAGGAGGCCUUGAGGAGGAAGCGGGAGCGGCUGCAGGCCGAGAGCCCAGAGGAGAAGGGGCUGCAGGAGCUGGCAGAGGAGAUCGAGGUGCUGGCGGCCAACAUCGACUACAUCAACGACAGCAUCGGCGACUGCCAGGCCACCAUUGUGCAGCUGGAGGAGGCCAAGGAGGAGCUGGACUCCACAGACACGUCGGUGGUCAUCAGCUCCUGCUCCCUGGCCGAAGCCCGCCUCCUGCUAGACAACUUCCUCAAGGCGUCCAUCGACAAGGGGCUGCAGGUGGCCCAGAAGGAGGCCCAGAUCCGGCUGCUGGAGGGACGGCUGAGGCAGACAGACAUAGCGGGCCCCUCCCAGAACCACCUGCUGCUUGACGCCCUGCGCGAGAAGGCCGAGGCCCAUCCCGAGCUGCAGGCCCUCAUCCACAACGUGCAGCAGGAGAACGGCUACGCCAGCACAGAUGAGGAGGUGUCUGAGUUCUCGGAGGGGAGCUUCUCCCAGUCGUUCACCAUGAAAGGCUCCACCAGCCACGACGACUUCAAGUUCAAGGGUGAGCCCAAGCUGUCCGCCCAGAUGAAGGCCGUGUCUGCCGAGUGCCUGGGCCCCCCGCUGGACGUGUCCACCAAGAACAUCACUAAGUCCCUGGCCUCCCUCGUGGAGAUCAAAGAGGACGGAGUGGGCUUCUCCAUCCGAGACCCCUACUACCGGGACAAGGUCUCUCGGACCAUCAGCCUGCCCAGCAGAGGGAGCACUUUCCCCCGGCAGUCUCGAGGAGCGGAGACGUCCCCUCUGACCCGAAGGAAGUCAUAUGACCGAGGGCAGCCCAUCAGGUCCACAGACGUGGGGUUCACGCCCCCCUCGUCCCCUCCCACUCGGCCCCGGAACGACCGAAACGUCUUCUCUCGUCUCACCAGUAACCAGAGCCAGGGGUCGGCGCUGGACAAGUCUGAUGACAGCGACUCCUCUUUGUCGGAGGUCCUGAGGGGCAUCAUCACCCCGGUCGGAGGAGCCAGGGGCGCGCGGACGGCCCCGCUGCAGUGCGUCUCCAUGGCCGAGGGCCACACCAAGCCCAUCCUCUGCCUGGACGCCACGGAUGAGCUGCUCUUCACAGGGUCCAAAGACCGCAGCUGUAAGAUGUGGAACUUGGUGACGGGGCAGGAGAUUGCAGCUCUGAAGGGUCACCCCAGCAACGUGGUCUCCAUCAAGUACUGCAGCCUCUCUGGGCUCGUGUUCUCCGUGUCCACCUCCUACAUCAAGGUGUGGGACAUCCGAGACUCGGCCAAGUGCGUCCGGACCCUCACGUCCUCAGGCCAGGUGGUCUCAGGGGAUGCCUGUGCGGCUGCGUCCACCCGCACCAUCACCAGCGCUCAGGGAGAGCACCAGAUCAACCAGAUUGCCCUCAGCCCCUCGGGCAGCAUGCUGUAUGCCGCUUCGGGCAACGCCGUCCGCAUCUGGGAGCUCAACAGGUUCCAGCCCGUCGGCAAGCUGACCGGCCACAUCGGCCCCGUGAUGUGCCUGACGGUCGCCCAGGCCGCCAGCCAGCACGACCUGGUGGUAACCGGCUCCAAGGACCACUACGUUAAGAUGUUCCAGCUGGGUGAGUGUGUGACGGGCACCGUCGGCCCCACCCACAACUUCGAGCCCCCGCACUACGAUGGCAUCGAGUGUCUGGCCAUCCAGGGGGACGUCCUGUUCAGCGGCUCCCGGGAUAAUGGCAUCAAGAAGUGGGACCUGGCGCAGCAGGAGCUCAUGCAGCAAAUCCCCACGGCGCACAAGGACUGGGUGUGCGCCCUGGCCUUCGUCCCGGGCCGCCCCAUGCUGCUGAGCGCCUGCCGCGCAGGCGUCAUCAAGGUCUGGAACGUCGACAACUUCACGCCCAUUGGCGAGAUCAAGGGCCACGACAGCCCCAUCAAUGCCAUGUGCACCAACGCCAGGCACAUCUUCAGCGCCUCCAGUGACCUGACAGUGAAGUUCUGGAGUGCCCGGCGCCUGGUGCCCAGCGGCCCCCACUAG